UUGCCCGAAAAAACAACAACGGAUUCAUCGGAUUCUUCAACUUCAACAACAAUAUCGCCAUCAACUCAAGCAGCAAUAGAUGCGCUUAUCAAAGAUUUGGGUAAAGAUGCUACCAAUGCUAGACCAUUAUAUUCUUACGAUCCGCAGAAUAUAACUAGCAGCCAGUACUUGUUGACCGACAGUCAAUUACCCACUGAUAUUUCAAUAACGGAGAUUGUUGUUAAAACUGAUGCAGUCACUCCUGCGCAUAGAAAUAGAAUGCCUUCGAGAAGGAUUCAAUCUCCAUAUUGUACUUCUUUUGGGUCAAGCGAGAAGGGAAAAGAAAAAUUGAAGGAUAUGGCUCGACUCCAUUUCCCGUUCGAAGGAUGUGGCAUUACAGAUAAAGUUUCGCCGAAACUUAUUGAGGAUUACAUGAAUUGGUUGUCAAGGGGGCUUCUAAAAAAUCAUAACAAUAAGAACCCAUCGGACGAUAAAUACAGAUCAAGAUCUUCUUCUUUUGGAUUUACGAUGAUGGACUUUGUUGUUGCUUUUCCAAUGAACAAGAAUUGGUUUUAUGCCAUGUCACAGCCAAACAAAUGUUGGUCUGAUGAGCACAUCGAUGUGAUUUUUUACUACCUUCGUAAAAAAUCAAAACUUUGCAGCAUGGAUCAAUACAGAUACACAACAACCCACUGUUUGUUCAUGUCACAUGUAAAAAAAUGUUAUGAUAUCUAUUACAUGGACGAUGAUGAUGAUAGUCUUACUACACAAGAACAUAUUGAUCGCGCUUCAGUUGUAUCUGUACAUGAGAGGUCAAUAAUUAACAUCAUGUUCUAUUCUUUUGAGGUAUUAGCAAAGCUUGUAAUUAGACUUUUAGCUAGCAAUUUCAUUAUUUAUAAGGUUUCAUCUUCUCAUGGACAUUGGGCACAACUACUUGCAUCGUUUAGUCCUCAAAGCUGCUUUCACAAGUGA